AUGUCGUCGAUGUGUACUGAGGUAAAAAGGUGGCAGGGCGGCUCGCCUGAGAGAAACAUCGUCCGCGGAAAAAGAGAGAACAAGAGUUUCGGCAACGUUCGCGCCAACAUGGAGCAAAGUUUCGCGAUCCUCUGCUCGACUCCGCGUCCCGCCCACCGCGAGGGAUUCCCUGAGAAGCCGCAGCAAUGCGGGGACACCCCCUCUAAGGGGAUUCCCGGGCGGUGUAGGCGAGCCGCGGGGGCGGGAGUGUUGUUGUCUCCGCACGUGUGUUGUGUUGUGGUGGUCUCGCUGCUCGCGGUGGGGCUCUGUGCGCUGUACCUGCGCUGCGCGCUGCUGGAACAGACGGUCAGGGACAGUCAGGACAGGAUCGAACAUCUCAACGGGCUGGUGCAGUCGCUUGUAGCGCUGCAUCAAAUGGAAGGAAACUUCAGACCUGGCAUGACAACGCCGUCACCAGGAAAACAGGAUGCAUAUUUGCGUCAGGUAUGGACCACAUUACUGUUGUUCUUGCAGAAAGCAGAGCCAAAAGCUCCUGAUGUCUAUGAAGAAAAACCUACAUCGGUGAGACAUAGAAGACAAGUCUUCGCAGCCCCGCCUCCCGACCCUCGUGUGACGCAGAAGCGGAAAACAAGACGAGGUGCACCUGGCCCCAACCGCGUGUCCGGGCCCACCGUUCUCGUUCCCGGGUCCCAUGGUCUCGUUCCCGGCCCGCAGGGUCCCCCCGGGUUGCCGGGUGUGUCGGGCUUGCGGGGCCCGCCCGGGCCCCCGGGGAAGUGCUCGUGCGGAGGCGGCGCUAGGGCUGGUAUGAUGGCAGACAGCCCUCCCGGCGUGACGUCACAUCACCACCAGGACCACCAUUUCCAGUCGGCUCACGUGGCCCUACAUCACAGCGGGCACCCCUUCACAAUGGACGACCUAGUGUUCCGGUGGGCCGACAACUCUCCUCCCCUGACCCACAACGCGUUCUCGUUCCCAGAGGACAAGUACAUCCACAUCACCGUGUCAGGGACCUACUACGUCUACAGUCAGAUGACGUACCACUACCAGCCAGGCAGCCGGAACGAUUCCCAUAACCCGCGGGUUGGACACCGCACAGUGCGGGUCCCGUGUUACCAAGACAAUAACUGUGAUGCAAAGGCAACUCUUAUGGAGAGCGUGCACACUGUCAAAGUCGAGUUGGACUCUCACGGAACCCCCAUCAGUGACCAGGAGAGCCGGUACCACGGAGGUGUGUUCGAACUGUGGGCACACGACAGGAUACAGGUGGAACCCAUCACCCCUCACCAUGAGUACUCAACUCUGAUGCCACAGUCGUUCUUCGGGGCGAUGUUUCUGGCACCGGCUCCACCGGGGGAUGACGGAGAAGAACCACAGUAG